AUGCCUAAAAACCAAAAGACCAAUCAGACAGCAGGAGAUGGACCAUCAUACAGCGAAGAGAACGGUGGUCAUGGAGUACCGAAUAACAUCAAGGAAGGUUAUGGACUGAGUACAAAGGUAGCCUUGGGACGUUUACACGAUGAAAUUGAAAAGAUACUCAAGGAAUAUGAACAGAAGUGGGCAGCAGAGAGUUGGUAUCGGAAGAUACGCUCAGCAUUUGUUAAACGUUACGACAGCCCCCUGGGCUGGUCAUCAAUUGCCACCUCACUUCUGACAACGAUGGCAUUGCUUAUCGCUCAGUCAUAUUUAGCAGCAUUGUGUUUAGCAGCUAUCUUAUCAUUAGAUUUAUAUGUUGUCAUACGUGAGAAUAAUCUGCGACGCACUGAGGUUUACCGCAAAACACGAUUAAUAUUAAACGAUAUACGUUUGGCUGAGGUGGAGUUAUGCGCGGAUUGGCAACCUUGCAAUUAUCCGCAUAACUGUUGUCCCCUGUCGCCGUGUGUAUCCUUGCAGUGGACAUAUCGGGAUGGCGUUAUUGUAAAUUUGCCAUGGGCUUUGUUGGUGAAGGGUGAUUAUAUUGUAAUGCGACCGGGUCAUAUUACGCCGGGGCCAUGUACCGAAGUGAAUGGCAAGAGGAGCUUUAAUGCUCAUGAGAUAUAUGGUGUUACACAUAGUGAGCCGCCACCAUUAAAGCCAAUUGCACGAACGCCGCUGCCGGAUAUGGUUUGUUGCCUGGAAUCGACACCGUACUUAAGUAAUCUGCGAUUGAUAUUAGAGAACUGUUCAAAGCGACCACCGACAAUCUACAAUCAGCAAAGAUAUUUGUUGGUUACAAAAUACAUACAACAAUGGGGUUUUAUAUGUGCCAUUGCUGUUACCUUCUUUGCCGGAGUUCUGCGGCUCCACGGCUUCGGAAUCAAUUCCUCAAAUAAUCCCUACCAUGAAACUUGGAUGGAUGUAAUGAUUGACUCGCCAGCCUCGGCGGUCAUACCACUUUUGCCAUUAAUAUUUCCCCUUCUAUGGAUUUCAAUGAAUCAUUGGGGUGUGGCACGAUUACAAUGCUUCUUGCGAACGCCACAGCUGGUAAUGGGCAAAGACUCAGAGAAAUCCUUUGAAGAAGAUGAUAUGCCGGCAUUUGAUUAUGAAAAUAUGGCAUUACAUCGUUCCAAAGUUUUUCGUAAUUGGUUACAGUUGUGGCGUGGUAAUAGCGAAUUACUACCACGUUCGGCAAAUUUGGUACAAGUUCUUGGCUCUAUAACUGCCCUAUGUUGUGUGGAUAAGAAGGGGAUAUUGUCGUGGCCGAAUCCAACAGCGGAAAAGGUAUUUUUUCUACACGACACCGAAGAAGAUGAUAUGGAGGAGAAAAGUUGUCAGAGUUCAUUUAAUUCGGAAAGUGAUAUUGCCGAUAAUGCAGUCCAAGGCAAGGGAAAUGGUGUGGUUGCAGAAGUUUUGGAUUUAACACACGAUCAACAUUGUCCAUUCCGUUUGGAAUUCGAUGAUCAAGAAUGGAAAAAUCACAUUAAAUCUUUGAAACCAUUGGGUCUCGCCAUCCUUUUGAAUACCUGCUCACCCUUAACCCAUGGCCAUUAUGCCCAAUUUUGUGGCCAUGUCACCGCCGUGGCUAUGUUAGAUUCAAAUUUAGUUCCUGUCACUAACCGACGAUGCCUUUGUGAAUUGGCUAAACAAAUAGGUUUUACAGAUCAUGCAACCGAUUGUUUUAGCUUGGAGGGACAAUUGGCCACCUACAGGCAUUUGCAACCAGAUGUAGUACGCCGUGACAUACGUUUUGCCCGCCAACUGCAGUUAUCUUCAAAGGUCAAGGUGCCUUUUCCCCAUUCUCUGUCAGUGGUGAUGCGUGAAAAUCCCGGUGGCUAUUUAUCGCUAUUCACCCAGGGCACAGCCGAUAUUAUUUUGGAUUGUUGCGAUGAUUUUUGGGAUGGCGUGGACUUGCGCCCCCUAUCACCACAGGAUCGUAAACGUGCAUUAGAUUUCUAUCAACGCAGCGCUCUAACUGCCUACUGUACAGCCUUUGCCUAUCGUCCACUGCGACACGGUAUCAAUGGUGCAUUAAGUGGCGGUCCAAAUAAUGAUGGCAGUAUUGCCUAUUUGGAAUUACCACCCGAGUCAAAACUGCGCAUGCAACAUGUCGACAAAAUGCACUGUGACUUUGAGGGUGGCCAUGGCAAAUUGAGUCACAGCAUCAGCACGGAUUCGUUACUAUUUUCGGAAAGCAAAGAGGAAGACAUCACCGAUGUGGAGGGUUGCUUUGAGAUGCAGUGUCAUCAAGUAUUCAUAGGCAUGGUGACAAUGCAGUAUCAGGCUCAGACAGAUAUAGUACAGUUAGUGGAACGUCUGGAACGGGCCUGUAUACGGUUUGUCCAUUUCAGUAAAGAGAACGAAUUGCGGUCCCGUGUUUUCUCAGAGAAAAUGGGUCUGGAAUCCGGUUGGAAUUGUCACAUUUCAUUGUUGAGUGAAUCGGAUGAGAAGUCGGCAGCAACGCAGCAAUCGCCCAAAAUUGCCGGUAAAACAGAUCACACCACCACCACAACGACGACGACCACUACUACUACGAACAAUCCCAUUACCCCGAGUUCUCAUCAUGUUAACACAAACAUCACCACAGCCCAUAAAACCCAAACCAACACCACCACCACUUCUACUACUAAUAAUAAAUAUCGUAAUAAUCCAACCAUUAUCGCCACGACCACCAUUACUACCAAUUCCACAUCCAAUAACCGUUCAUCAGUUAUAUCUCAUGAUGUGAAUGACCUCAUACCACCGACUUCAGCCACGACCACCGCCAUUAUAACAACAACAACUUCAGCUACAUCAGACACUCAUGAUAAUUCCAUUGCAAAUAAUGUUUUAGGUACGACCACCACGGAUGAUGAAACUUCGGAUCUGAAUUGUCUGCUGCCGCCGGUAACCAAUCUAGAGUCUUCCAAAACGUUGAGCUCCUCGGCACCGGGUGCCAUAUCGGAUCACGAUUGUACACUACUGAAUGCCACCAAUGCAAAUCAAGAAACCUAUUCGAAUGCCAGCUUGGCUGGUUCCCGAGAAUCACUAAACGAUCGUCGCCGUCAAUCGCAAGAUUCGGCAUUGGAUGAAAAUUGCCGUUCCAUAAGUAUUCUAACCGAGAGCACCGAACAAAGUGCUCCGGUACAUUUCGAUAUGUCCAAUCGAGCCAAACUGCCACGGGGCAUCGAGAAUAUACGGCCGCAUUUGGAAAAGGUUGACAAUGUUCCUCUGCAAGUUUCCCUCUUCACGGACUGUUCAGCUGAGGCCACAAGGCAAAUGUUGGAAAUAAUGCAGUCUUAUGGAGAAAUUGUGGUCUGCUUGGGCUCUUCGGCCAGUAACUCAAAUGCUGAGAUCUUUUUACAGGCCGACUGUAGUAUAGGCGUCGAACCACUCUAUCCUCAAGUGUGUCAGGACAUUGAAGCCUACACAGAGGCGAAUAUUCUAAACAAUAAAUUGAGAGCAAAAACAAUAAAACAAUCAUCAGCGGUGGAAACUUUGCAGGACGAACAAUGUGCCGCUGAAGAACUACUCGAAACCGGACAAUAUGGUGGUUGCGCGAGCAAUGCUCGUCCCAUGCAAUCACCCGGUAAUACAAUAUCACCCAUCUAUUUGAGUCGUAUGCUAAAUUCACUGCCCUGUUCGAUAUCGGUGAAACGUGAAGAUCCGCUAUCUCUGGUGGCUAUUAUUGAACUGUCGCGACGUUUCUCAUCCGGGCUCUGGAACUGUAUACAAUUUUGGGCUUGCUGUGCAGGUUCACUGUCGCUAAUAAAUAUGUUGUGUGCUUGUUUGAGUCUGAGACCCAUACUGACGCCACUAAUGGUUAUCUAUUUGAUGUCAAUACCAGUUCCAUUGAUUUCGCUAUCAUUGGCUCACAUCGAUUUGGAUCCGAAAAUUAUGAAUCGUGCUACGGGGAAGAAACAAACAGAAUAUGAUUCGCGAGUCUUUGGUUUUGUCUUAUGGUGUUACGGUUGCAAAUUUCUGGCACCCGUUCUAGUUGUGAUUUUGUCUUAUUGUGCAUUUAUGGAUCAUCCCUUUAAAUUUAUGGACGUUGAGGAGGACGAUAAACAUAUCAAUUUGGAGAUUGCUCGCAUUUUUGGAAUGCUGGGUGUAUUAUUGCAUUUUGUUACGGUAUCUGCUUCCUUUGUACAUCGUGAUCAUUCACUAUGGCAAAAGAAUCCUUUCCGCAAUAGUAUUUGGACUCUGAGCUGCUGUAGUAUUCUGGUCUUUCAUGCCAUGGUCAGUGUGACACAAAUUCUUCUAGAUGAUGAAUUGCGAGAUCAUGUUGCUGAAGCAUGGCCAGCAAUUGUUUUUAUCUUCUGUGGUAUACUGAUAAGUCUGAUUGUUUCGGAAAUUUGUAAAUGGCAAGAAAUUAAAGUUAACACAAGAUAUCAACGACGUGCACGUUUAGAUUUUGGUACUAAAUUGGGUAUGAAUUCGCCUUUUUAA